GCAGUGGAUGUGGUAUACUUGGACAGAGGGGUGAUUGUGGAUACGGUAUACUUGGACAAAGGGGGGGCGGUGGACGUGAGGGGUGGACAUGGUAUACUUGGACAAGAGGGGUGGCGGUGGACGUGGUAUACUUGGACAAGAGGGGUGGCGGUGGACGUGGUAUACUUGGACAAGAGGGGCGGCGGUGGACGUGGUAUACUUGGACAAGAGGGGCGGCGGUGGACGUGGUAUACUUGGACAAGAGGGGCGGCGGUGGACGUGGUAUACUUGGACAAGAGGGGUGGCGGUGGACGUGGUAUACUUGGACAAGAGGGGCGGCGGUGGACGUGGUAUACUUGGACAAGAGGGGUGGCGGUGGACGUGGUAUACUUGGACAAGAGGGGUGGCGGUGGACGUGGUAUACUUGGAC